AUGUCUCCAACUCUGCAGACCUCAUUGCUGAACAGCACAGGCAGCUCAAAGAAAAAGGCCAAGUCUGACAUCAUGCAGCAGGUAGAGCUGGUCCACAAUGGGAUUGAGAGCCUGCAGUCCAGUGCCAUGUUGCACCAUGAGAGCAAGCAUGAACACUUUCUUGCAAAACUUGAUGUGAAGAGCAAGCACCAGUGGGACACAAAGAAAUAUGACUGGCUUCAUGCCACCUGUGAACACAAGGUCAAUCAAGUGGCUCUCAUCCAUCAGUGCCAACAGGAGGAAAGAGACACCAAGAUUCGCCUUCAUGAGGUGGAUAUACAGGUGCAUGAAGUGCAUUCCCUUGUGCUUGACAAGGAGGCUGAAACCCUCUGGCUCAAAAUUUAA